UCCCGCAGCCCUCCCGAGCCGCGUCAGGGCAGAGGCGGGGUGGGGCGCGGUUAAAAGGCGCAGCAGGUGGGAGCCGGGGCCUUCACCCGAAGCCCGACGAGAGCCCGACAGCCGGCGGCGCCAGAGCGGGACCCGCCUGCCCGGCCGGAGCGAAGGGUGCCGCCCCCGCGCAGAGCCCGGGCCGGGGCCGCCGGCCACAGAGCAGUCUUAGGAAGGAAAAGAAGGAGGGAAGAUCUGGCUAAACACUUUCGGUUGUGACGAAAGGAAAAUUCUAACUUGCACGCCCUCUUCGUGGAUCUCUAAUUGAGUUUGGGUAUACCAGGUGACAUCCUCACUGACUUCCAGAAACAGAGGAAAGAUUGUCGUUCAUCUCUUCACAGUGCACUGCUGGCUUCCAGGCACUCAAGUGCAGUAGGAGAAGGAGGUCUGAAGCCCUCGCAGAGGGACCUUGCUCUCAUUCUUCGAGUCUGAAACGCUGGGAGUCCUUGGAAAAAAAGACAGGGUGAAACCGGCACAAUGGAUUGGGGGACCCUGUACGCUUUCAUCGGGGGUGUCAACAAACACUCCACCAGCAUCGGGAAGGUGUGGAUCACCGUCAUCUUUAUCUUCCGAGUCAUGAUCCUCGUGGUGGCUGCCCACGAGGUGUGGGGUGACGAGCAGGAGGACUUUGUCUGCAACACGCUGCAACCGGGUUGCAAAAAUGUGUGCUACGACCACUUCUUCCCGGUGUCCCACAUCCGGCUCUGGGCCCUCCAGCUGAUCUUCGUCUCCACCCCGGCGCUGCUGGUGGCCAUGCACGUGGCCUAUUACAGGCAGGAAACCGCCCGCAAGUUCAGGCGAGGAGAGAAGAGGAAUGAAUUCAAAGACAUAGAGGACAUUAAAAAGCAGAAGGUUCGGAUAGAGGGGUCGCUGUGGUGGACGUACACCAGCAGCAUCUUUUUCCGAAUCAUCUUCGAAGCGGCCUUUAUGUAUGUGUUUUACUUCCUUUACAGCGGGUACCACCUGCCCUGGGUGUUGAAAUGUGGGAUUGACCCCUGCCCCAACCUUGUUGACUGCUUUAUCUCUAGGCCAACGGAGAAGACCGUGUUUACCAUUUUUAUGAUUUCUGCGUCUGUGAUUUGCAUGCUGCUCAAUGUGGCCGAGUUGUGCUACCUGCUGCUCAAAGUGUGUUUUAGGAGGUCAAAGAGGGCGCGGGCACAAAGCAAUCACCCCAACCACACCCUAAAGGAGAAUAAGCAGAAUGAAAUGAACGAGCUGAUUUCAGACAGUGGUCAAAAUGCAAUCACAGGUUUCCCAAGUUAAACAUUUCAAGGUAAAAUGUAGCUGGGUCACAAGGAGACUUGUCUUCUCCAGAAGGCAAUGCCGACCUGACAGUCCCUUCUCUAGCCUGAAGAGUUUGUCUUUAUAAAUGACUUUCAUAGUAAAUAGACACCUGAGGUACCCUUUUGUAGGAUAUUUGUGCCAUUCUUACGCAACGUAAUCAAGUACGUGGUCCGUCUCUGGAAACAAGCGACUGCUUGAGAGAGGAGUGUUGCUGUCACUUCGACAGCUUCACUGGGCCUCUGACAAAGUGGGUACUUUCUGAAAAUUUGUGUAAUUGUUGUUGAUAAAGGACAGUUUAUCUAGAAAUUGAUACUUUUAUUAGGAAAAGAUAUUUUUAUAGGCUUGGGAGGUUUUUAGUUCUGACUUUGAAUUUAUAUAAAGUAUUUUUAUAAUGACGAGUCCUCCUUACCUGGAAAAACAUGCCAUGUUAGUUUUAGAAUUACACCACAAGUAUCUAAAUUUGGAACUUACGAAUCAGCUUCGAAGCGGCCUUUAUGUAUGUGUUUUACUUCCUUUACAGCGGGUACCACCUGCCCUGAGUGUUGAAAUGUGGGAUUGAUCCACAUUUCAAUGGAUUGAGGGUCUAUCUUAUAAAUAUUAUUUGCAUUGUCCGUUGGCAAAUUUGUGAACUAUCAUGGGACGCUUAAGGUGGAAAGUGUUCAUUGCACAAUAUAUUUUUACUGCUCUCUGAAUGCAGGCGGAACAGUACGGAAGCGGAAGGCUUUUUAACUCACCUAUUUGCCAAUCAUUGCAAACUGAAGCAUGAAUGUGAUUGCCUCAAUAAAGCUUGGCCCCGUUGCUUAAGCCUUCA